AACGUCUUUUCCAGUGUCUGGCCAGAGGUAUAGGGAGUGACAAGUUUGACUUCAAGGAGAAGGAGCAAGGCCUGCCGGGAACAUGGCCACUGCCCCUGGCCUCCAGCCUCUGCCACUCCUGGAGCAGGACCUGGAAGAGCAGGACCUGGAGCAGGAUGAGAUCCUGAUCGUCAAGGUGGAGGAGGACUUCUGCUGGGAAGAGGAGCCCUCCCUGGAGGUGGAAGACCCCAGCCCUGAGACUUUCCGCCAGCUUUUCCGGCUCUUCUGCUACCAGGAGGUGGCUGGGCCGCGGGAGGCCCUGAGCCGCCUCUGGGAGCUCUGCUGCCGCUGGCUGCGGCCCGAACUGCGCACCAAAGAGCAGAUCCUGGAGCUGCUGGUGCUGGAGCAGUUCCUGACAGUACUGCCCGGGGAGAUCCAGGCCCGGGUGCGUGAGCAGCAGCCGGAGAGCGGUGAGGAGGCCGUGGUCCUCGUGGAAGGGCUGCAGCAGGAGCCCAGGAAACAGAGGCAGCGGGGCUCAGGGGUGCUUUCUCACGACAUGGUGCCCCUGGAGACAGGGGGACAGUCCUCCAAACGCCAGACAGAAGCUCAGCCAGAGGAGCUGUCCUUGGAGGAAGAGGCUCAGUGCUCCAGCCAGCAGCACCCAGCCCCCCUGAGCCGUAGACCGAAAAGGGAUCCCCUGCUGUGGCCAAAGAGGGGCCCGCCAGCCUCCCGGGACCAGGAGAUGGCGACGUCGGCCUCGUCCUUCCUUUCGGCUUGGUCCCAGGCGCCAGGGACCUUCGAGGACGUGGCCAUGUACCUGUCCAGAGAGGAGCAGGGAUGCCUGGACCCAGCUCAGCGGCGCCACAGCUGGGACAUGCUGCCAGAGAAUGAGGGGCUUGGAAUCCAGUCGGAGGAUGGUGACACCACCAGGGAGGACACGCCGGUGAGAAUGGAGUGGUACCGCGUGCUGUCGACACGGUGCCAGGACCCUGGCCGCCCGCUCCCGGGGCAGGGGCCAGCCCCAGUCAGGGGCUUGGCCAGGCCUGAGCAGCCAAGAGGCUGCCCCCCACCAGAGAAAGGAGGGCCCCGUGGGCCUGACAAGCCAUACACAUGCCCCGAAUGUGGCAAAAGCUUUAGUAAAACGUCCCACUUGACCAAGCACCAGCGCACGCACACCGGGGAGCGGCCCUACAAGUGUCCGGUCUGCGGGAAGGGCUUCAGCGACCGCUCCAACUUCAGCACGCACCAGAGGGUCCACACAGGCGAGAAGCCCUACCCGUGCCCCGAGUGCGGGAAGUGCUUCAGCCAGAGCUCCAGCCUGGUCAUCCACCGCAGGACGCACACGGGCGAGCGGCCCUAUGCGUGCGCCCAGUGCGGGAAGCGCUUCAACAACAGCUCCCACUUCAGCGCGCACCGCAGGACGCACACAGGCGAGAAGCCCUACAUGUGCCCGGCCUGCGGCAGGGGCUUCCGCCGAGGCACUGACCUCCACAAGCACCAGCGGACCCACGCUGGGGAGUGUGUCCCCGCGCAGGCCCAGGAGGCCCCAGGGCCAGAGCCUGGCCACCAUGCACGCAGCUCCGCUCCCAGGACCCUUGUCAGAAGCUCCCGGUCACAGAAUUCAUGAGGCUGCCAGAGUCGCUUCUGUCCUGGAACCAGAAGCCCUGAUCUAAGGGCAUCUGCAGUGGACUCGGCCCGUGCGGGCCAGGUGGCAGGACGUGUUGGAUGCCCAGGCUGCGGGAGGAAGUGGGGCGCAGAGCAGGGGCCCAGGUGGGGGUGUACGUCUGUGCUGGGGUGGCCAGAACAAGCAGCACAGGCGAAGGCUCUGGUGCAGGGAUGCGCUCUGAUGGCAGGGGCCACG